AAACAUUUGUUAUACGUGUACUAAAAGGACACACAUAUGGCAACCAACACUGGCCCAUUGGGUCACUUACCAAGCGGAGGGGCAAUUUUCUGCAUCAUUCCUGACAUCCUCUUCCUUCCAGAGCUUAUCUUUGGCGGUCUGACGUUGUCACUGGUGGCAUCUACGUACCUCAUACCUUACAACCCUCAGGCGUACGUGAUUUCUGUGACAAUAGCCUGCUUCCUCACUACUUUCCUGUGGUUGAUGGUGUUUGUCUGUGGGUAUCAUCAUAACAGAAAAUCCUGGGCAACCGCAGAUGUAGCAUACCAUGGAUGUGCCACAGUCCUCUAUCUCAGCGCAUCUGUGCUUUUAGCUUUGGUAACCAUUGGGUGGAGUCAGCCAGAUAACAUGUUUUUCCUUAUUUACCAGCUGGACAUUGCUGCUGUGGUUUUUUCCUUCCUGACCACUUUACUGUAUUUCACCCACACCAUUUUCUCAGCCUUGCGAUGGAAGACCUACUAAAAGUAGCUUUUUAACUUAUUUUGCAAACCAAAUGACUGCUCAACUGGCCUUUAAAGCAUGAUGUUUGCAAAAAGUAUACUGAAAAAUGCAUUUAGUUCAUCAGCAGUUAUUCAUGUGAUAAAUUUAUGUAAAGUUUAUAACAGUUAAGUUUUUUCCCUCUUCCUUUUCAUCAUAUUUUUUUUGUAAAUUGUUCUUAUCUCAAGUAAUGUUUUUUACAUUUAUGACUUAAUUAAUAAACAAAAUAAUAAACUA